CAUCAUUCGGAUGCCUCAGCUAUUAUCCAUAUUCAGAUUUGUUUACAAUUUUUUUGAUACUGAUUUUGUUAUUUCAACUGAAUUGCUGGUCUUACGAUGGCGGAAGAAACUUACCCUCCUUUCAAAAUAGCUAAAAUAGAAAUUUCAAAAACUAUAAGCAGGCGACAGCAUUUUCAACGAGUGCACAAGAAACUUUUGAAUCAUAAAGAUGUCAUUUUUGAAGCAUUACAGCAAUUAGAAUCUGACUGGGCGGGCUUUUGUUUUGUUAAAAUUCUGUUUUGUAAUGCUGAUGAAUCAUGCAAUUUUACUGAAGCAUACUGCAAAACGAUGAGGAAUGUUCAGGAAAAAAAUCCCGCUGGUCGACGAAUUGUAUGGAUACCAGAUUUAUUUGAUGUGGCAUUAUUGAAGAGCUUUCUUGAUAAUGAAGAUGUUGAGGAACAAAUAUUGGAUAAACAUUUGGUGGCUUUUGAAAAACUUGGACAAUUUUUAGACACUGUUGAAGAUACCAACAAAAUUUUACAGAAUGAACUGAAAAUUGAAUCAAUCAAGGAAGGACGAUGGGCAUCUAUAUUUGGAACUCAUGUGCUGAAAAUGCUUGCUGUAUAUGAUCAGAUGAAAAUAGAUUCAGGCUAUUGUGAGUUGUCUACGGAAUGUCCAUGUGGAUGUAAAAAGCCAAUUAACAUUGAUGACAAUAGCAUGGGUCAUGAGGAGGUUUGGCAUGGCAGUGUAGACAUUUUACUUGGUCCUACAUGUAUAGAAGUUUUCAAUUCUUACCAAGGAGAUGAAGAUGACUUUUUAGAAAGUAGCAAUUCUGCAUUUGAACGUAAAAGGGGAAAGCUGGAAAAUUCACAGAAUCAACUGAUUUCAGAAAGUAUAACAUUUGCUUUUGCAAUGAGGGGUGGCGUUGUUCCCUUGAUAGGAAUAUCAAAAUCAAGCUUUAUCAUAUAUAUGUAUGAUCCAGAUGAUGAUUUACUGUAUGAAUCAACAAGUAUGCCAUUAUUUCUAGAUUCAGUGAAAGGGAGACAACUUCACUUUUCAUCUGUUGUUGCUUUGUGGAUUGCAAUUAAUCAUAGCUACUUCUUUAAAGGUGUGCAAGCGUCUCAUGUAGAAUUUGGUUACAAAGCCAAUUUACAAAAUUUUCUUGGAGAGGAGCAGCAUGAAAUUUAUCAAAAACAUAUAAGAAUGGGUGGUCUAAGGCAUGUUAACAGUAAUGUUGUUGAGUUUAAGGCUGGAAUGAAUAAAGGCAAGUUUAAGAGAUUUUAAAAUUUCAUUCAGAAAGUUUGCCAAAAUCUCCCCUGCCAUAUUAGAUAUAUGUGAUACAUAUAAAUUUUUAGUUUUCAAUAUCUGAAGGGGAAAUGUUAGCACAAUGAAUGUCAGUGCUUCCUAUUAUCCACAGUUUCAUGAAAUGUCAUAUCUCACCGUUGAGGGGUUUAAGAGUCGAUGACUUCUAAUCCAGUUACCUCUCUGGCAUGGGUUCGAUCCCAGGGAGAUGCUUUGGUAGUGUAGUACUGGUGUAACUCUCCAGGAAUGGUGGUUAGGAAACUACCCUCCUAUAUGACUGAAAUACUGUUGGGAAAAGGCGUAAAAUGAAACAAACAAACAAACAAAUGAAAUGUCGUGAGUUUUAUUAUGUCUUAAAGACUAUUUUUGAGAUGUUUUUUAUGUACAUCUGUUGAGCAAUGAAGACAUCCAUUCUGGUCUUAUAUCUUUGUAAGCUUUUGACGCUACCCAGAAAUUUUUGCUCUGAUGUCAAAGUGUAAAAGGGAUGCCCUAUGAGUAAGAAGAUACUUUAUGCAGUUUGUUUUGUGCUAAAGUCUGCAGGAGAUGUUGUUUUUUUUUAAGAUUAAAGUUAUAUGCCAAUCUUUAUUUUCUGUUACAACUUUGUGACUAUGGCAUAAGUUAUAUGCCGACCUUUUUUCUUUACAAUUUUAUAGCUAUUGCUUGUAUUUUAAUGAAACUUAAGAGGUACAAUUUGCAGCCUGUAUAUUAAAUGUGUAAAAAGGUUGUGAACAGCUGUACGUCAUACUUUGUUGUGCACAUCAAAAAAUAUGUUAGACUUUGUUAAUUCAAGAUUUCUUUACCAUUUUCUUGUAACAAUUUAUGAAAGGAUGUUAUGUUAUCCUUGUCAUAUUUUAAUGUAUUUUUGCAAAAUCACUGAUAAGAGGAGUGUGCUGAUAUAAAUGUUUCUUAAAGAAUCAUAUAUUGUUUUGCAUAUAGAAGCAGUUAUUAUUUUCACCAAGAGAAGUUUGCAUUGCUCUUUGUACAAUAAUUAUCUUAAAAUUUGAUUGUUUGGGUUUAUCCUUAUAAUCGUUAGUGCCCUUUAAACCCUGUUGUAAAGGUCAUGAAAUGUGUUGCUCUUAGGUUAUUUAAGAUUACAGGCUUUUAGCAACUUAAGUAACUACUGGUUAAAGCUAACCAAAAUUAACAUUAACUUUGUGUAGCACAGGUAUGUGUAUGAGUCAGGCCCAUUAAAAAAGGUCAAGGUCACUAAAGGGUUUAGUUAAACAGGAACCUUAAUCUAACCUGGCAUAUUGCUUCAGUUAUCUGCCCUUAACUUUUUAAAAGGAUAAUCUUGUGUAAAUUUAUAUGACCUCAAUUGUUAAACUAUAUUUGCAUGCUAUAAAAUGUUUGAACAUCCAUAUUCAUGCAGCAUACUUUUUUUCUGUUACUGAUAUUUGUGUAUUACAAAUUGCUGUUUUUGUGUCAUUUCUAGAAAACGACUUUUAAAUCCUUAAACAUGACCAUAUUCUGUAUGUUCUAAAAUUUUUGAAAGGGAUUUUAACCAAAAAAUUUAAUUUGGAAAUAUAUAUAUUUCAAUAUUUACUUUUUAGUGUUUAAAAAUGAUUGAUGUUAAAAUUAUGUUAAAAGGUUGUUAAUGAUUGUAAGUAACAUUUAUACAUGCAUAUUUAUACUAAUUUCCCCCACAACCAAAAAUUAGAUACAGGAACAAUGCAUUUAGGAGAAAAAUAUGAGAUGCACAUAUUUUAUUCAAAGGGUUAAUGCAGAACAGUGUUAUGGAACAAUUUAAGAUGGGAAUGAACUACUACAAGUUAAUAUUUUGUUAAAAUCUCUUACUAAAACAUGUGUUUAAUGAUGCUACAACCAUUUAUGUCGUACAGUAUAUUGAAAUACGAUUUCUGCUUUUUGCAUUUAGGGGGCUUUUCUUCUACGGAUACUCUUGUUGGUUCAUUAUUUAGUUGCAUCUUCUUAAAUUACCAAGAUUUUACUAUAUGUUAUGUAGUCAUGUUGAUUCUCCUCUCAAACCACAGAAAUGGCUUUAUAAUAGAAAGUUCUACAAACAUAUUUAAAAGAUUAUCAGAUGAUUCAGAUCUGAUAUUAAUCAGUGAACAUUGUAUAUAAUGAAGCAACAGGUCAUUUUAGUAAUGUAAGGACAUUAUGAGCUUUUGUUAUGACUUCAGCUAACUUGUUUGUUAGUGUAUAUAGACUUUAGAAUAACCAAUAUCCUUACUAUAUCCUUACUUGGGUAAAAAGGGUGUUAAAACAUAAAGAUACCAAUUUGACCUAGAAAGGUGAUUGGACAUACUAAGUAGUCCUAUUGUCAGGUCAAUCUGUUUAAGGUUAAUACUGCAUUUGCCAGACGAACGAAAUCUAUUUCUGUUUUGUAACUUCAGAACCUUAACACAGAACCUCCAAAUUUCAUAGAUCAAUGAUACUUGCACAGAUGAGCAGACUGAUCUGAUUCUGCACUGGUCCAGAUGCAUUAAUAGUUUUAAUAAUACUCUAGGUCAUAUGGGUCUGAACUGAUCAAACAU